GACGACCCAGAGGAGGACCCAGAGGACCCCGGGCCCAAAAAGGUCCAGGGAGACUAGUAGCAGACUACAGUACAGUAGCCACGGACCCACGCCGACUAGGCCUGCGUCCGGCCAAGCCCCCUCCUUGCUGGAGUUGCAGCCAGACCGUGGACCUCCAACUCCACUGCAACUCCAACUCCAGCGUUCAAAGCAACAUCGUGACGAGUCGCCGCUGCCCUCUGCCCUCUGCCAUCUGCCCUCUGCCUCUCUCCAACAUCUUCGCGGCCUUGCGACGUUGAUCCACCUGCCCAUCCACCCCGAGCUGCACUCGUCGGCCUCUGCGCACUCUGCACGACUGGAACACCCGAGAAAGGCGCUGCAUCCUUGUAGCGGGGCAACUCGACGUCGAGAUCUGCAUCACAGAGCUGGAGAUUACAGGUACGGCCACUUCUCUUCUAGAACCACGGGCAGUAUCAGAUGAAGCAUUUGAGCCUCAACCUCUGCGCACGCAUUCGGUAGAGCAGAAGCGCAAGCCCAGCCUUCUCGAAGCUUGCACAAAGGGCAGGAGAACAUGGGGAGACGAGAAGAAAGCGGACAAGAACUGUACUGAUUCUGCGCCUUUCAUCUAGAAGACUGUCAAAGCAGCAACGAGCGGCGAACCGCCUCCACAUCUCCUGCGGCUGCUCUCUGAACUUCCGA